AGCAGGGCCCUGAGCCGACGUGACUGGGCGGCAAAUCCCCCCCAUCCCGUGCAUGGUUCGCCUGGCCUGUGGGCACAGGGGGGCUACCCCCAGCCCCACGUAUCUAGGGGGGCAGGAUAGUGCCUGUCAGGUAGUGUCAUCCCCCCCGUAACACCGGGCCACCCCCGAGGCACAUACCAGACCCCAACCGGCCACACCCCCAUGAGUAUUCGUUAAUGUUAGUGCAUCGCAAUAUGCUGAUGAACGGGGCACUGUGCAGGAGCCCGAGACAGACCCCGCCGGAGGAGCUUACCCACUCCGCCCAGUUUCACAGUCAAACCCACGCGCCCAUCACCGUGUCUUCUUGGCCGGGUGUCGCCGUCUCUGGGGCCUGGAUGCAAAUGGCUUCUUGGUGGGGUUCAGCAACAACAGUGAAGUGCUCCAGGGGGUCGGCUGGCGUGGGUGACUGUACUCCCGUGGCUGUGUGUGAGAAGGGGUUGAGAGUGGCUUGACUCUGCGUGUGUUUGUAGCAUGUGUUUCCCUGGCGGGCUGAGUUUCUGCGUGUCGCUCUGUGCUUCAGUGUGUUUCUGUGACUGUGUUCGUGGUAUUCUGUUUCCGUGCGAUUGCGUGGGGGGUGUAUGUGUAGGAUCGGGUACUCCCCCCUCCAGUGGUUGUCUUUGCUGUAUUAUUUUCGUAUCCCAUUUCUUUAGCCCGGCACGAGGAAGGAAACACUGCCACACCAGCCCUGUGCUCUGUAUUGCUACUGAUGAAAAGGAAGCUAUCUAUAAAGUGAAGAGGGGAGGAAGGGGAAGAAAAGCAACCACCCGGACUCCCAGCAUCCCUCUGCGAACAGCAUGGCUGCCCCCAGGAGCACCUGGAGAUCUCUCUGUCUUAGUCCUAACUAUCCUGGUUGCUUGUGCUGACGCUUAUGCCAUGGAUGCAUCAGUGAAUACAUGGAGCUACUUCUACACUCAUCUGAUGUCAAUAUGGCUAAACAGGUUUUACAUCUACUCUUGUGCAGCUUUUGGCAUCGGUAUUUGGAUCUGCUUUCAGUUCCUUGCCACCAAAGCCAAAAAGCAGGAUGAAAAAUCCACCGAGAAGCUAACUCUGUCUAAAGUAACACAAGAUGUGCUAAUAAAUGGAUAUACAAAGCCAAAGAUGAAGGAAGUUUAUGUUACUGGGGUGAAGGUUUUCUAUGGCUCUCAGACUGGCACAGCUAAGGGAUUUGCAACAAUUCUUGCUGAAGCUAUUCUCUCCCUUAAUUUGCCUGCAGAAAUCAUUAACAUGAGAGACUAUGAUCCAGAUGAUUGUCUAGCCGAAGAGGCAACCAGCAAAAAUAUUUGUGUGUUUCUGGUUGCUACCUACACUGAUGGACAGCCAACUGAAAAUGCAGCAUGGUUCUGCAAAUGGUUAGAAGAGGCUGUGAAUGACUUUAGGUUUGGCAAAACCUAUCUGAAAGGCAUGAGGUAUGCUGUGUUUGGCUUGGGAAAUUCAGUGUAUGUGGACCACUACAACACGGUUGGAAAAAACAUUGACAAAUGGCUGUGGAUGCUCAGUGCUAGUCGUGUCAUGACUCGUGCAGAGGGGGACUGUAGUGUAGCCAAAAGCAAGCAUGGCAGCAUCGAGGCUGACUUUGAUGCUUGGAAGGCCAGGUUCCUCGCAAGGCUCCAGGCACUUCGCAAAGGAAAGAAGAAGCCCUGUAGUGGAAACUGUAAGAAAGGCAAGUGCAAAUCCAAAGGGAGGCAGAGCAAGGAGGGAUCGGAUCGUGAGCAAAGGGUGUCAGAGCAGGAGAACACUGAGGUGGAGGAUUUAUUUGAAACCACCAGUGAGGAGGAGGCGGGUGCUGAGGAGGAUGGAAGCAGUAAUUCUGUCAUUGAUGUUGAAGAUCUGGGCAAAAUUAUGGGUCACAUGAAGAAGGCCAAGAAAGAAUGUGAACUUGAGGAAGAAGCUGGCAAGACAGGUCCAUCUCAGCAGAGCAGUGGGAAAAAUGAGGACAGUGAAAGGAGGGAGAUGAUCACUCCAGGUCUUAGAGAUGCACUUACGAAACAAGGUUACAAAUUGAUUGGAAGCCAUUCUGGUGUGAAGCUUUGUCGGUGGACAAAGUCGAUGCUGCGAGGUAGAGGAGGCUGCUACAAACACACCUUUUAUGGCAUUGAAAGUCACCGCUGCAUGGAGACCACACCAAGCCUGGCUUGUGCAAACAAAUGUGUGUUUUGCUGGAGGCAUCAUACAAAUCCAGUGGGCACAGAAUGGCGAUGGAAAAUGGACCAACCUGAAAUGAUCUUGCAGGAGGCUAUUGAAAACCACAAGAGCUUGAUCAAGCAAUUUAAAGGUGUGCCAGGAGUGAGAGUAGAUCGCUUUGAAGAAGGGAUGGUGGUGAAACACUGUGCGCUGUCUCUGGUGGGAGAGCCAAUUAUGUACCCAGAAAUCAACACGUUCUUAAAACUGCUGCACCGGCACAACAUCUCCAGCUUCCUGGUUACAAAUGCACAGUUCCCUGUGGAGAUUAGGAACCUUGAGCCGGUAACGCAGCUGUAUGUCAGUGUGGAUGCUAGCACCAAAGAAAGCCUGAAGAAAAUUGACCGUCCCCUCUUCAAGGAUUUCUGGCAAAGGUUUCUAGACAGUUUAAAGGCUUUGGCUGAAAAGCAACAGCGCACAGUGUAUAGACUGACACUGGUGAAAGCUUGGAACGUGGAUGAACUCAAAGCCUAUGCUGAACUGGUGUCCCUUGGUAAACCAGACUUCAUCGAAGUUAAGGGAGUGACGUACUGCGGUGAAAGCGCGGCCAGCAACUUAACCAUGGCCAAUGUUCCCUGGCAUGAAGAGGUGGUGCAUUUCGUCCGGGAGUUGGCUGACCUGAUUCCAGACUAUGACAUUGCAUGUGAACAUGAACACUCAAACUGCCUCCUGAUAGCUCACAAAAAGUUCAAGAUCGAUGGAGAAUGGUGCACAUGGAUCGAUUAUGAUCGUUUUCAGGAGCUGAUCCAGGAGUAUGAAAAUAGCAGGGGAUCAAAAACCUUCACCGCAGCAGAUUAUGUAGCCAAAACACCACACUGGGCAGUGUUUGGCUCCAGAGAGAGGGGCUUUGAUCCUUUGGACACUAGAUUUCAACGAAAGAACAAAACAAAGGACAUCUCGGGGUGUUGAUAUCACUUACCUGAUUGACAGAUAGAGCUGUUGUUUGGUUUUUCUUACUUAUAUAGCAUAACUUGGAUACAGAAUAUUUGCACAUAGCCCUGACCCUUGACAGCAACAAAAAGGCAAAAGCCCUUUGUAAUCUCUUCCCUUCUGUUCCUUCUGUCUCUGCGAUUUAAAAUAUUAGACACUUUUUAAUCUAGUACAAAUGAUCCAUAUAAGUAAUUUGCUGUAAUUGGCAUGGUGCCACGUACAUUUCAUUCUAUGUAUAGAUUUUGCAGUUAGAGAGUAACUGUGGCCCACACAAUUUAGUGUUACAGCUUUUAUUAUUUUGUUGCUCAGCUUUUUGGAGUGGAGAGAGCUGGCGCCUGCUUGCUUCCUGUUUCAACAUUUAAAUGUUCUGUUUCAAUAACAAUGCUAAGGAGAGUCGAAUUUUCCAGUGUAACUAUCCCCCUAGUUUGGUUGUCUGAGGGCAUGAAACCUGGGAGCUCUGGUUUUAAAAGCCUGACCCAUACCAGGAGCAUCAUGCCAUUGGCAGCACCUAAGAUUUAUGAACAUGUAUGUCAAACAGAAACACUCAUUGCUAUAAAUAAAAAAACAAAUUAAUCUAGAGCCCGAUCCAGCAAGAUGGAGAAUACCCACUGAAGUUAUAGAACACCUCUAAUUAUGCUGGUAGCGUGAAGCCUUUAAAACUUGCCCAAGUGUCUUCCAACUUCAUGGAUUCUUAUAUUUAAUAUUUUCUAAAUAGUCGUGCCUCCAAACAAAAUGUGUUCAGUUUUGUAUGAACCCUUUUGGGCCAAAUUGUACUCAUCAGAUUUGUGCACACUGUCCUAUUGAUUUCAGUGUGAGUUUUGAGUGAGGUAGGCUAUCAGUAUUUGAUCAUUUGAGUAAGCCGGCAGUGAAUUUUAAUUUGAAUCCCUGACCAGUAGGAAAACCUAAAUACAUCAGGCCUUAAUAUUUAAAGAAUCAUUUCUGCCUUUGAAUGGAAAGACUGGAAUGAUCAACAAUAUUUUGAAAUGACUAGGAAUAAGGCACCAACAGAAUCUCUUGAACCAAAUCAUUACUUGCAUUUUUGGCGGGGUGAUGGUGGCUAAUCUUUGAGCCUAAGUGUCAGUGUGUUUGAUCAAAAUUGUCAGUUGUGGAUGAAGAGCAGUUUUAUUCUAAGCAGUACAGUUAUUCAGGAAUAUUACUUAUUGUCUAAACCCUUCAGCCGUUUCAAUUUUUGCGACAACUUCUGAUUGUGAUGGUAGAGUCUGGAUUUGGGGACUUGUUGUGGCCUUCCUUACACCUGCAUAAAUAUAUAGUAACAACAAUGAAUUUGUCCGAGUUAUAAGUGUAAAACUGGUGUAAGUAAAGUCUGAAUCAGGUUUGGGAUUUUUGUUCGAAGAAAACUAUUGUCUUUUAUCACAGAAAAGUAAAGGUCACGCUGAUGUAUCUGUUGGAGAGACUGGACCACAGAUGGCUUUUUGGGAUAUUCUGAGAUAUUAAAGUAACUGCUACUGGGAAUUUACAUUUAAAUAAAGAUGGGUUUUGUUUACCACUGAGGAAACAAUUGCUUUUGUAUCCCAACAAUCUGUACCAUUCUGUUUGUGAAAUAUGCUUGGGUGUGCUGCAUGAAAACCCCAUGUAAUAUCAAUAUGUCUGCUCAUGUACAAGUUACUAAGCCUCAGUGUGAAAAUAUCUAAGGCCAGAUUCUCAGCUGGUGUAAACUGGAAUAACUGUGUUGAAGUAUUGAUGCUGUGUUGACUUGGACCAGCUGAGGAUUGUGGGUUUAUUUAUAAUCUCCAUCUAUAUGGAGCUUAGACUCCUGUUACAUAUGGCUACUAUAGAAUGGAGUUGUAUUUGAAUAUUUUCCACUUACAGCAAACUUGGAGUAUAAUUUGCCUGUGCAGGUUAAACAAUACAAUUUCAGGCAUAUUAUGGCAAUGUGUUAAAGAGAGCUAUGCUUACUGCCAUGUUUUUAAGAUAUAUGCAUCUUUUAGAUGUGUUCUCUCAGGGUUCCCAGUGAAUGCCAUCAUGUAUCCUGACUGAAACCUAACUACCUAACCUGGCUGUUUUAUGAAGGUUGUUACUAUUUUUUAAUUUCUUUGUAACAGUAGCUGGUAUUUUCAAAAUUAGUAAUAUCCCUGCCUUACAGCUUGGAUAUGUUGGUAUUCGUGGGACUGUAAUUUUUUUUAAGUGCAAUUCUUAAACUGUAAAAAGUGAUUCAGAAAAGGCAGGAAAUAAAGUACUUGACUUUUCAACACAAUCUCUUGUGUGAUUGUGCACCAUUCACCAUUUUUUUCUAUAUAGGGACUUGAAUGAAACAGUUUAAAAAAAAUUGUAAUGGGAAUUUAAAUGUUUGAGCUUUUGGGUUACGUGUAGCGAAAAAGUGUGUGUGUAUGAGAGAGAGAGAGAGAGACGGGUCUGAUCUAUUGUGGUAGAUGUCCUAAUAGGUAAUUUCUCAAGCUUUUUUCCUAAAUGUUCAAGUUUGUUCUGAUGCUAUGGAAGUUAAAGGUUCCAAAUACAAACAGCCAUGAUUCUCUAGAGAGUGAUAUCUAGUGCUUAGAACAUUUUGCUCACUGUAGUAUUGGAUAUAAUAAAAUUGAUAGUUUUUGUGCAUUGUUGCAAAGUCAAAAGUAAGAAUCCUUUUGUUAUCCCCAUACCAUCAACCACAAAGACAGCAUGCUGGCCUUUACGCUAUCUCUACUCUAU